CUCUCUCUCUCUCUCUGCGCGCACACACACAUACACGCAAAUCCUUAUAUUCAUAUACAUUUAUAUGAAUGUAAGUAUGCAUAGCAGCGAGAUUUAGUCUUAUUCCGAGUGGUUCUUUGGGUAAUUUCAAUGGAUUUCGAGAUAUUUAUACUGCUUGUUGGAUCCUUUAACUGAAGACGUGCUUACAUAUAUUUAUGUACAUAUUCAGACAUACUAAUACUUGAAGAGAUGGUGAAAAAUCUGGAAAGAGUUUCUUAUCCUUCUAUGGAGGGCGCUGAUUCCAAUCUGGCUCCUUCGAAAGACACAACUCCACAAUCUGAUGCAACAUCGUGUAUAUCAUCUGUGGGAGACGCAACAGGUAGUAUCAAAGGAAGUGAAGUUGACCAUGAUUCCCUCGCUAUGGAUCAAGGCAUGUCUUAUUCAAGCAGUGGCUAUUACGGAUACUAUUAUCCAGGUUAUGAUUGUUCCUAUGGAGAGUUGAACAACCAAGGGUACCAUGUUGGUGGUGAUGGAAUGGAACUUCAAUAUCCUGUUAUGCAAGCAGAUAAUGGGUCUUUUGUCUACUUCAUGCCAGGAUUUCAGCCUGGUUACACUCCAUAUUUUCCCAUAUCGACAAUUGGCGUUGAUGGACAAUAUGUCGAUCAACAGGCAUAUCUGCCAACCCCCAUGUUUCAACCACCAAUCGCCUCGCCUGGACAUUAUCCCACUACUAUUCCUUAUGGGAAGUUGCUACCAUCACCCUAUGUGUGGGAUCCAUCCCUUGUUGGAGAUGGAUAUUUUGGAAAUAUCUAUGCAGGAGCUCCAGAAUUUACAGAGCCAAAACACAAUUUGCCUUCCCCAAGUCACGGAAUCCACAAACAACUGAAACCAGUGAACAAGGCCCUGCCUCAUGCCUCAUCUUUUCAGUCAGAUGUAGUUGCCAAAGGUUACUUUCCCGUUUCAAAACCUUCAGCCCAUAAUCAAGGGAAGGGUGGAAUGCUAUAUUCAAACAGUCCAGUGAAUUUAAAAGCAAAUGCAAGGGGUUGGGGCAGCAGUGAGAAGCUGAAAUCAAGAAGCAAAAUUAAUGGUGUUAGCAAUAUUGGUUUGCUAAGUGAGCACAACCAGGGUCCUAGAACGGCCAAUGCAAAAGGUGUUUUGAUUUCUGGAGGUAAUGCUGCUGGAUCCCUGGAAACUGAUGGGAAUGGAAAUAGUAACAGCAUAUCCUCUUUUAUCAGGAUGGAUCAAUAUAACCUUCCUGACUUUCCGACCAAAUAUGAUCAUGCAUUUUUCUUUGUUAUCAAAUCUUACAGUGAAGAUGAUAUUCAUAAGAGCAUCAAGUACAAUGUGUGGUCUAGUACUCCUAAUGGGAAUAAGAGGCUAGAUAGUGCAUAUCAAGAUGCUCAAGAGAGGAUGGUUGAUAAAGGCAGCAAGUGCCCGGUGCUUCUUUUCUUUUCGGUUAAUGCAAGUGGUCAGUUCUGUGGAAUAGCCGAGAUGAUUGGCCGAGUUGAUUAUAAUAAGAACAUGGAUUUCUGGCAGCAAGAUAAGUGGAAUGGUUAUUUUCCUGUUAAGUGGCACAUUCUAAAAGACGUUCCAAAUCCGCUUUUACGACAUAUAAUACUUGAGAAUAAUGACAACAAGCCCGUUACCAACAGUCGAGAUACCCAGGAGGUGAGAUUUCCUCAGGGCGUUGAAAUGUUGAUUAUUUUUAAAAACUAUGUGUCAAAGACGUCCAUAUUGGAUGAUUUCGACUUUUAUGAAAACCGCCAGAAGGUGAUGCAAGAGAAGAGGGCGGGGGAAUUUACACCCCAUUAUAAUCUGCAGAAGAUAGAUGAAUUAACCACCAGUUUUAAGACGGUAGAUCUGUCUGCUGCAAAGAGCAUUGAGCAACCUGAGGACGGUGAAGACAAGGCGAAGAAAUGAAGAGGAUAUGAAAACCUUUACAGAAAGGGUCUAAUUGCUGCUGAGACCUAUGCCAACCUGGAUGGAAAUAAGAGCAGUCUCAGAAGAAAGAAAAGAAUUGACUUGGUUAGAAGAUUUUCAGUGAUACUUUACGAGGAAAAAAGGAGCCGAUGAUCCUUUCUUGAAUUGAGAUGGUUGGUGGGUUUGGCUGCCACGAAAGCUGUUUGUGUAGCAUUACAGAAACUUGGAUGACCCCUUUGAUAAUUGAUAUGCUUUUGGGGUUUCAUGCAA